AUGGCCCGGUCAAUCGCUGUGCUGCUAUUUUUCCUGGUUGUCUUUGCUGCAUUGGCUUCGUGUUUAGAAGGCAGACGCCUCUUGAAUGUAAAGCAAAUUGCGAAGAGAUCAAUCCCUGCUUUGGGGGGCAGUUUGAUUCUUAGUGCCCUUCCAAAGGGUCCGGUGCCAUCUUCUACUCCACGUAAGAAGGGCCACGCCGUGGUGGCCGUGGAUGAAAAGCUGAUCAUUGUCCGGCACCUCAUUAGUAUCGAUCGGAUUUUGCAGUCUAUCCCGAGCCCCGGUGCUGGCCACUAA